AUGGCGCCUUCGAAGCUUACCACCGUGGACUUCAACACAUUCACCAACAUUGUGAAUGGCGAGCCGCGCUCUGCAAAAAAUAAGUACAACGGCAUUGACCCGACUACUAAGGAAAAGCUCUGGGACGUUCCUGUAGCCAGCAAAGAGGAUGUCGAAGAUGCCGUCAAAGCUGCACACGAAGCUUACAGAAAAUGGUCAAAGAAGUCCUGGGAGGAACGCCAGGAGGCACUUGAUAGGUUCAAGGAUAUAUAUGCAAGCUACAUGGAUGAACUGACAGAGCUUCUGAUGAAAGAGGUCGGCAAGCCGAAAAGGUUGGGUGAACUAGAAAUCAAGAGCGGUCUUGCUUUCACUGAUUGGCAUAUGAAGCUCUCGCAGCCGGAACCAGAGCAGUACGAAGACGACGAAAAGACAGUCACAACGAGAUUUCUUCCUUUGGGGGUUGUGGUGGCCAUUUGUCCAUGGAACUAUCCCGUCACUUUGUCUUUAGGCAAGAUCCUGCCCGCAGUCCUGACAGGGAAUGCCAUCAUUGUCAAACCGUCGCCAUUUACGCCUUACUCUACUCUGAAGGUCGUUGAGAUCGCUCAGCAAGUCUUUCCGCCUGGACUUGUUCAAGCUUUAGACGGUGAUGACAAACUUGGCCCUGCUUUGGUUACUCAUCCAGACAUCCAUAAAGUUUCCUUCACCGGUGAGAGUGCCUCCAAUUCCCCUGUCCUUUUCACUCCUAACAAGCCGCUCCAGCUCGGAGGUAAUGACCCGUGUAUCAUCCUUCCAGAUGUCGAUAUUGCCAAGACCGCACCUCAAGUGGCCCUCGGCGCCUUUCUCAACUCUGGCCAGAUCUGUGUUGCAACCAAACGCAUUUAUAUUCACAAAGACAUCUACCGUCCUUUCGUGGACGCCUUGAUCUCUUUUACGGAACAACUUAAGGUCGGUACUCCAAAGGGAGAGAAUGUAAUGCUUGGGCCCAUUCAGAACGAGAUGCAGUAUGACAAGGUGAAAACAUUCUUCGAGGAUAGCAAGAAAAAUGGAUAUAAGUUCGUAGCUGGGAUGGACAACCUGGAGGAAGGGAAAGGAUACUUCAUCAAACCAGCCAUCAUCGACAAUCCGCCCAAUGAUUCCAAAAUCGUUACGGAGGAGCCGUUUGGACCAAUUGUGCCAUGCCAACCCUGGGAGGAUGAAGCAGAGGUCAUUGCCCGCGCCAAUGACACAAGGGCUGGUUUGGCUGCGAGCGUUUUUGGCAAGGACCUUGAGAGAUGUGAGAGAAUUGCCAACCAGAUUGAGAGUGGAAGUGUCUUCAUCAAUUCAUUUGCAAAACCUGGUCCAAUGGCAAUUUUCGGGGGCAUGAAAGAAAGUGGGAUUGGGGGAGAAUGGGGAAAGUUGGGUAUGUUAGCAUACAUGAUUCCUCAAGCUAUCCAUCGAUACAAGUAG